AUGGGAGAGCCCAUGGAAGUUCGGGACGCGUUCAAAGAUGCCAAUGACUUUCUAACGGAAAUUGAGAAGACUCAAGGGAAAUCACUACUGGAAACCUUAAGCCGGAAUAGUGAUUCCUCAUCCAGCGGUGAUGAGAUAAGGACCACUGUUGUCGACAAGGCACUGCAAAUACUGAGCCGGAUACACACAGCCUUUAUCACGCCUGAUUUAGAGCAAUCUCAGCAUUUAGCCACGGAAGGUGAAGAUGUGGCUCUUGAAGAUGCAAAGCGUCGCCGAAUGCUUCAUGCGCUGUUGGACCUGAUUUCUCUUGAAGGGAUUUACCCGUCACUCUCAUCUGGUGUUGGAAUUCCUCUACAGCAGCGAGUGAUUUCUGUCCUGCCAGCGGGUGUCAUUGCAAAGCAGGCACAUGUCUCCACAAGCAGCACACCUCACAAUUUAUCUCUUCUCCGCCACGUGAUGGAGGUUCUUCUUACUAUUCUUAUGGACACGAGAUCAAGCAUCCAGCCCAUCAUCCGAGGUCGCAUCCUAAGCGAUAUUAUCAGUGGCACAGCUGACCUUGCCUUCAACCCAAACUGUAGCAGUCGUGGGGAUGGAUCAAAUAUUCAAGAACAGUUUGCCAGGUUAAUCGAUGAAACCCCCAGUGCAGUCUUGCUACCCACUCUGUCUGCGUUUCUCCAGGCAGAUACUGCGGCAUGGUUUAAGUCAAAAGUUUCAAGUCAAAUAUCUCAGGUUCCGCUUCGUCCUGGGGGCGUGCUGCAAACAAUCAUGUUCAUCGCCUCACAAUUCGCCCCAUCACUUGGACAAGAGGCUCAAAGCGGGCCGUCAAACGGCCCUCAUUUUACGAUUCAAGCCAUAAUGCAGAUUUCGAAGCUCCUUUCAUCCGUUCCACAAGGGGUUGAUCCAGUGGUAUACUUCACAACCAUUGCUCCUCAACUUUUGACACUACUUGAUGGGGACGACCCCGAUCUUGAAAAGGCCGUCUCAUACACGAUUGGAAAUGGGAUCCUGGGAAAGCGGGCUUUUGGUGCCCCUGGAACCAUUGGCCACUCAAUCUUUAUUGAACCGCUUUUCCGCGUGCUUACAGCUGAAUUGAAUGAUUCAUCAACUCAAUGGAUGACGCGAGUGGAGUCAUCGGAGCCUGCGCAGAGCAGAAUAUCAAACGUCAUUGUGGAUGAUACAUUGGUCGAUAAAGCGCUCGACAGACUGAGGAAGCUUGCUCUCCAACACCCAAAUCCAGGGUUGGUAAAAAGGAUUGUGUACCCGAUUCUUCUUCCACUCUGGGGUUUAAUCUGCUAUUCCCAAGAGCAUGAACUGAAAGCUUUCCAUGAUAAGAUCAUGGAACUGCUCCAAACUUACUUCAGCAUAUCAGUGGGGUUGCCGCCACUUAAGAAGCUUGUUGAUAAUCUACUGUGGGAUGGUGGCUCAACUUGGACAUACAGUCCCAGUUCUCAGGGCGGAAUCAACUUGAUCAAACGAAACAACCAGGCUUCCGCAGAGUCGAAUAUGAUCAAAUUGAUUGAUUCACUUCAAACCCGGACAGAACUGUUCGCUCGCUUGCUAAGUUCAGAUCCGCGUAGCGAAGAGUUGACCGGUGACAUAUUUCUUUAUGCGAGCCAGACAUGGCUCGUACACUCUGAUACAGAGGGGCACCAGAAAAUUGGAGACUCAGAAAAUAUCUUUCAGAAGCUUGUCAGCGCCAAGGUUGCCGAGAAGCUAUUGGAUACAUUCAAGGACACAUUGUCUCGACGUCCUCUUCGUGUGUUGGAGCUUAUCAAACAAGUCAUUGAAGGAGAAUUAUAUCAGUUGGGUUCCAAUUCGAAGAAUCAGAGAGGCCAAAGGGCCGAAAAACCAUCGCUAUCGUCACUUGCCAACAUUGUAUCCCCAGAAGGCACAAAUGACGAAGUAUCCGACGAGGACACUUCCGAGUCAUUAUCUACCGCAUUUAGCUUGCUGUCCACCGUUCUAGCAUCGGCGGAGUUCUCCAUGUCUCCAGACAUCAAGUCACUACUGGAGUCAAUCAAAGAACGCCUGGACGAAUUGAUUCCUUUUCUUCGUAACAGCCUCUCCAAACCGGCAACAACUUCAUCAAUGCUCCUUGAAAUCCAGCUCACCACCCCAGAACUUGCCGACACCAAAGCACCACCGCCACACAUUGCUGAUCUCGAAACGCACCGUCAAGCACUUUCAAACCUCAACUCAGACCUACCUCCAGUGCAAGCCGAAGGGUUCUCCUUACUCUCAAAACUGAUCAUGAAAUCCUCACCUGUCCUCGACAUCCCGUCGACCCUUACUCUCCUCCUUUCAAUUAUAACCGACAUCUCCGAAUCAACCGCAAACGAAGAGUUUAUCUACCUUAACGCCAUCAAACUAAUCGGUACACUCGCGUCCCGACACCCACGUACCGUAGUAAAAACACUGGUAGACAGCUACGCAGACAAAAACGAGCAACGAACAUUGGACCAACGCCUCAAACUUGGCGAAUCCCUCCUCCGAACAGUUCAAGACCUGGGCACAGCCCUGACAGGAGAAACAGCCAAACUUCUUGGAGAAAGCAUGGUCAGCGUGGCAGGACGCCGAGGCAACAAGCCUCAAGCUCAACAAGACCGCAAAAAGCAGGAGGAAAAAGAGCGCCGACAAAAAGAACGGGAAGAGAGAAAACAAAAAGAAUAUACUAUGCCAGAAGGAUGGAAAGUUUCAGUCGGACCUACCACUUUAAAAGAACUGGGCCCAGAGCCUGAUGACGACGAAUCCCCAGAAGAAUUAGCCCACGCGGCAAAUAUUGUCGCGGCAUGGGCAGCUGGUGCACCAAGCGACUCUGAACCAGAAGAUCUCCGUAUCCGCGCAUCAGCAGUAUCUAUUCUCGCCUCGGCAAUUCAAAGCAAUAUCCUGGGACUGGGACCUGUGGUCGUAGGAUCAGCCGUGGACCUUGCGCUGGCUACACUGACACUGGAGCCGGCGCCCGAAAGUGCCAUCUUGCGGCGUGCGAGCGUGGUGCUCAUUCUUGAUAUCUUAAAAGCGCUUGAUACAGCGCGCGAAAAUCGGAAAGGCAGGGACGUUGGUUUCGGAUUCUCGUUUAUGGACGAUGGGUAUGCGCAUGCGGAGACACAGAGUCGGGGUCCGUCUACCAUUGGUAAUAUUCCGUCUAUGUUACGUACCCUUGGAUUCGUUGAGAGUCGAGAGGAAGAUGUCAUUGUGCGGGGACAUUUGCGUGCCCUGAUUGAGAGUCUUGAGGCGUGGCUGGAGAAGUCUUUGCUGUGGGGGAUUGGUUCUGGGAGUAUGCCGGAGAUUAAGACGGAAUUGGAUGAUCGGAUUGCUGGGUUGGAUGUUGAUCCCAUGGCUGGACGGGGUGAGUCUUCGAGGCCGAGGAUUGAAGAGAUUGAGUGA